AUGGGAGGCGCGGUGAGUGCGGGAGAAGAUAACGAUGAAUUAAUUGAUAACCUGAAGGAGGCCCAGUACAUCAGGACAGAGCUGGUGGAACAGGCAUUCCGAGCCAUUGAUCGAGCAGAUUACUACCUGGAAGAGUUCAAAGACAAUGCCUACAAGGACUUGGCAUGGAAGCAUGGAAAUAUUCAUCUCUCGGCACCGUGCAUUUACUCAGAGGUGAUGGAAGCUUUGGACCUGCAACCAGGGCUGUCAUUUCUGAACCUUGGCAGUGGCACUGGUUAUCUGAGUUCCAUGGUUGGACUCAUCCUGGGUCCUUUUGGGGUUAACCACGGUGUGGAGCUUCACUCUGACGUGAUCGAGUAUGCAAAGCAGAAAUUGGACUUUUUCAUUAAAACAAGUGACAGCUUUGACAGGUUUGAAUUUUGUGAGCCAUCCUUUGUCACUGGCAAUUGUUUAGAGAUUUCUCCAGACUGCACUCAGUAUGACCGUGUCUACUGUGGUGCAGGAGUCCAGAAGGAGCAUGAGGACUACAUGAAGAACCUGUUGAAAGUUGGGGGAAUUCUUGUCAUGCCUCUGGAAGAGAAGUUGACUAAGAUAACUCGGGUUGGUCCUUCUGCCUGGGAGACGAAGAAGAUUCUUGCUGUUUCUUUUGCUCCUUUGAUUCAGCCAAACCACGCAGAUUCAGGAAAAUCAAGGCUCGUUCACUUGCCCCCCGUGGCCGUUCGCAGCCUGCAGGACCUGGCUCGCAUCGCCAUCCGAGGCACCAUCAAGAAAAUCAUCCAUCAGGAGGCCAUGAGCAAAGCUGGCAACGGGCUGAAGAACCCGGCCAGGUUCAAGCGGCGGCGGGUGCGGCGGCGGCGCAUGGAAACCAUCGUGUUCCUGGACAAGGAGGUGUUCGCCAGCCGCAUCUCCAGCCCCUCCGACGACAACAACAACAGCGAGGACGUGGAGGAGGAGAGGCCGGAGGAGGAGGAAACCAAACUCUCUGAACUAAAGCCAGACCCUCCCGUGAACUUUUUGAGAGAAAAGGUCUUGAGCCUGCCGUUGCCCGAUCCUUUGAAGUAUUACUUGCUUUAUUACAGGGAAAAGUAG